UCAUCCUCUGUCUACCAUGGAGUGUCGCAUGUGGUUUCCAACUUUGGUCUUGUUCAUCGGCCUCCUUUACAUCUACAAACCUUGCGCUGCCUUGCGAGGUUUUAAAGACACUCAAAUGGGCUUGUGUACAGUAACUACAACUGUCACUCGCUCGAUGACGAUGAUGGAUUGGAAGAGAUUGUCUAGCAUGCGUUCCAGAAGUUGUGGCUUCUUGUGGUCUAAUACGUGUUAUGAUACAGUUUGGAAUACUGAAUACGUACCAGUAUACAUAGACUACACAGAACAAGAGAUGGAGACGGUUUGCUGUGGAGGUUAUUCUAACACUGGGGGGGAGUGUGUCCCAGUCUGCAGCCGAUCGUGUGCGCAUUCGGAGUGUGUUGCUCCUGAGACCUGGUCUUGCAAUUCCGGGUACAAGAAAUCCGACUGGAGUUCCUGUGUUUGUGACGCAGUGUGCAAUAAAGAUUGUGAACAUGGAGAAUGCACUUCACCAAAUUUCUGUUCUUGUCAUGCAGGAUACCAGAAACAUCCUUUUGACAACUACGUAUGCCUACCAGUUUGCAAUAAAACGUGUGAAAAUUCGAAAUGUACUGCUCCAAAUGUCUGCUCCUGCAAUAUUGGUUACAUAAAGGAUCCCUCAGAUUCCUAUAAAUGCAACCCAAUCUGCAGUAAAGAGUGCAAAAACGGAAGAUGUACUGCACCAGAUGUCUGCUCCUGCAAUUAUGGGUAUGAGAAAGACAAUUUAGACAGUUAUAGAUGUAACCCAGUCUGCAGGAAAAAAUGCCAAUUUGGUGAGUGUACUGCACCAGAAAUUUGCUCCUGUGAUGAUGGCUAUGAGAAAAGAUACUUUGGACAGUUAUAGUUGUAACCCAAUCUGCAUUAAAAAAUGCCAAAAUGGAAAAUGUUCUGCACCAGAAGUUUGCUCCUGUAAUUAUGGCUAUGAGAAAGAUAAUUUAGACAGUUAUAAAUGUAAU